UAUAACUUAAUUUUUUUGACAAAAAUCGCUUAAUGAAUUUGGGCGUUGCUGAAAAUGGACUUGAAAAGCGGUCUCCUCGUGCUCGCGCUUUUUGUGGGAUGCUUCGCUUUCCCAAAGCCCGAAGAUGACAUGUCUAUAUUCUUCGACCAUGUUGACCGCGACGCCCGCAUUGUCGGCGGCAGCCAGGCCGCUGACGGCAGCCACCCUCACAUGGUAGCCAUGACCACUGGCACUCUUAUCAGCAGCUUCUUAUGUGGAGGAUCUGUGGUGGGACGUCGCACUGUAUUAACAGCCGCCCAUUGUGUUAACUCUGUAUUCAGUUUCGGUUCUUUAUCAAGCUCUCUCCGCGUCACGGUCGGCACAAACCGUUGGAACAGCGGCGGGCAGACCUACAGGCUGAGCCGUAACGUCACCCACCCUAACUUCGUGAGCGCGACCCUCAGGAACGACAUCAGUCUUCUCAUCACCACCGCUGACAUCGCCACCAACAACCGCGUGCAAGUUGUACCUCUCUCUUACGACUUUGUCGGCGAAGGCGUUAGGACUAGAGUAGCUGGUUGGGGAAGGAUAAUUAGUGGCGGAGCAUUAUCAGCGUCUCUUUUGGAACUGGAAAAGUCCACAAUCAACGGGGCUAGGUGCGUGUCCCUCGCUGCUCAGGCCGCCAUCGACUUCAACCGUCCAGACGCACCUACCGUUGAACCUGAAAAGGAAGUCUGCACUUUCCACUCCGUGGGACAUGGUACUUGCAACGGUGACUCCGGCAGUGCUUUGAUCAGGAUCGACAGGCGUCAACAAAUUGGUGUGGUCUCGUGGGGCUUCCCCUGCGCCCGCGGCGCCCCAGAUAUGUUCGUUAGGGUCAGUGCGUUCCGCGACUGGCUGAGGAACAAUAUUGUCUAAACUAGUUUUAUGGACGAAGGCAAUAAUUAUAUGAUUUAUUGUUA